UUUUUUUUUAACAAAUUCAUCAUCAAUUUUUCUCAUGCUUCUUUUUUUUUCAACUAAUUCGUCCCUUUUUUCAUGGAUUCAUCGCUUUACAUAUUCUUCUCACAAAUUUAUCCAUUUUUUCCACAAAUUCAUAGUUUUCUGCAAUGUGUGUCCCCGCUUUGCAGAGGACCUGGCUGAGAGUUCACUGCUCAACAAGCUGCUUCACACCUCGCUGGUAGAGAACAGCCACCACGUGGAGGUGCUGCAGCAGGACCCCUCCUCCCCGCUCUUCUCCAUCAGAACCUUCGAGGAGCUGCACCUGAAAAAGGAGCUUUUACAGGGUGUGUACACCAUGGGCUUCAACAGGCCAUCAAAGAUCCAGGCAAAUGCUCUGCCCAUCUUGAUGGCACAUCCUCCCCAAAAUCUGAUUGUGCAGAGCCAGUCUGGGACGGGCAAAACAGCAGCAUUUGUCCUGGCCAUGCUGAGCAGAGUGAAAGGUGCUGAGAGGUACCCGCAGUGCCUUUGUCUGGCUCCCACCUAUGAGCUGGCCCUGCAGAUUGGCCAUGUGGCAGAGAAGAUGGGGCGGUUCUGCAAUGACAUCAGGGUCACCUAUGCUGUGCAGGGCAACAGAGUGUCCCCAGGCACCGUGCUGGAGGAGCAGAUUGUCAUUGGCACGCCAGGCACCAUGCUGGACUGGUGCUUCAAGCGGAGACUGCUCAACAUGAGGAGGAUCUGCAUGUUUGUGCUGGAUGAGGCUGACAUCAUGAUUGACACACAGGGAUUUUCCUCCCAGAGCAUCCGCAUCCAGAGGUGAGUCAUGGAAAUCUGCUUUUGGCAUGGGAAGAUGCAAAAGGGGGGGAGGAAGAAGGUAAGAUUUUUCACAGAGGGCUUGCUUUCUCCCAAAUGU